UACCCAACAUAUAUGUAUUUUAUUCCAACUCCACCUAACUCAUUUGUGUAUAAAAAGCCUUCACCAUUCUACAUUUUAUUCAUUGCAAAACCUCUUCUAUAGUUACUUGAUUGUCUUCCAUAGGUUGGUUGGAAGAUUGCUUUUGAAAAGUUUUUGACACCAAAAUGAACUAUGCAUGUUAUCAUAUGGGGUCUGGUAGUAGAACUGAUAGAAGAACUUUGGAGUUUGGUAAGACACAUGUAGUGAGGCCUAAAGGAAAACAUCAAGCUACUGUUGUUUGGCUGCAUGGUCUUGGUGACAAUGGUUUGAGCUCAUAUCAGCUUCUGGAAUCACUUCCACUUCCAAAUAUAAAAUGGAUUUGUCCAACUGCUCCUACUCGUUCUGUGGCUAUACUUGGUGCUUUUUCUUGCACUGCAUGGUUUGAUAUGGGAGAACUUUCAGAAGAUGGUCCAGUUGAUUGGGAGGGUUUAGAUGCCUCAGCAGCACAUAUUGCUAAUCUGUUGUCAGCUGAGCCACCUGAUGUGAAAAUUGGGAUAGGAGGGUUCAGUAUGGGUGCUGCAACAGCUCUCUAUUCUGCAACAUGUUUUGCCAUGGGAAAGUAUGGAAAUGGAAUUCCUUACCCUAUCAACUUAAGAGCAGUUGUUGGACUAAGUGGCUGGCUUCCGGGAUCAAGGAGCUUAAGGAGCAAGAUAGAGGUGUCAGUUGAAGCAAAAAGGAGAGCUGCUUCAUUACCAAUUUUUAUGUGCCAUGGAAGUAAUGAUGAUGUAGUUCUCUACGAAUAUGGAGAGAGAUCAGCUCGAUCCUUCAGUUCAGCAGGGUUUCAAUAUAUAACCUUCAAAUCCUAUGAUGGGCUUGGUAAUUAUACAGUUCCUAGAGAGAUGGCUGAUGUUUCCAAUUGGAUUGGCUCAAGGUUAGGGCUUGAGGGACCCUUAUAAGGAACAUAUUGUAGAAGAUAUGUGAAACAGAAACAAGGAAGUUGAUGAAGGACAUGAACAACUAGCUAGAUAUUAUGGAAUGGUUUAUAGGUUUAUGUAAUAUAUAAUAUGUGAAAAUGGAUUCACUGAUUUGAAUCCAAUGUAUUUUGAUAACUUUAGAUUUUUUUUUAAUGAGAGAUAAAAGUGAGAAAGAGAUUGAGGAAAAUAACAUGAGAUGGUGUGUUAUAGAAGAGAGAUAGAUAUACAGAAUGUAGUUUCUGUCAUAAAGGUAGAGAAUCUAAUGGUGUGUUAUGAGUUUUUUUUGCCAUGUUAUUGAGAUAUAAAUAUCUAUAUAUGUUUGUUUGUUGGUU